GCCUUCGCCGCCGCCCGCGUGCUCGCCUUAGCGCCCGGCCAGUCCUAGCCCCCGCCUCUGCCUCCGCCUCGGCCCGCAGAGCUCGCCCCCUCCCCACCCGCAGACACUGUCUGAGUCAAAUAACCGCCCCGAGUAUGCUUCGUUUAUCGCCGUCAUGGGCGCCUCGGCCGCCAUGGUCUGCAGCGCCCCGCGCGCUGCCUAUGGCACGGUCAAGAGCGGCGCCGGCAUCGCGGCCAUGUCCCUUAUGCGGCUGGAGCCGAUCAUGAAGUCCAUCAUCCCAGUGGUCAUGGCUGGCAUCAUUGCCAUCUAUGGCCUGGUGGUGGCAGUCCUCAUCGCCAGCUCCCUGAAUGACGACAUCAGCCUCUACAGGAGCUGCCUCCAGCUAAGCGCCGGCCUGAGCCUGGUCCCGAGCAGCCUGGCAGCCGGCUUUGCCAUCGGUAUUGUGGGGAUCGCGGGUGUACGAGCCACGGUCCAGCAGCCCCGAUUAUUCAUGGGCAUGAUCCUGACCCUCAUCUUCGCCGAGGUGCUCAGCCUCUAUGGUCUCAUCGUCGCCCUCAUCCUCUCCACAAAGUAGCCCCUCUCCGAGCCCACCAGCCACGGAAUACGAUGUAAAGACCAACCCUCCUCAGUCCAAAACGAAGAGCCUGCCGCACACGCACAGGGCCGCGGCCCCCAGUAGUUGAUCUUGUACAGUGUAGUUGAUCGCAGUGUCCUAGUGCCCGUUGUCUGUUGCCCUGGCCUUGCCCCCGCCCGCCCCGUGCCGUGGACAUCUGGGCCCACUCAUCGCCCCUCCAGGCCCCCAGCGCCUCACCCCCUAGAGUGCUCUGUGUAUGCAGGUGAUUUAGAAUUGUCAUUUCUCUUUACUGGAUGCCCGUUUAUGAAGAUCUGGCCUGUUCCCGCGUCUGCGGAGAGGCCCUGGUCUCGCAGCUAUCUAUAACCUUAGCUAGAGUGUGCCUUGUGGGUUCCUGUUGCUGGGACUUCCUGGAUGGAGCCGGCCUCGCCGCCGAGACUUCCUUGGCCCUGCGCGGAGAUCCGUCCAAUAAAGUUCUCGAAU